UUUAAUGUAUGAGUAAUUUUUAAAGGAAAUUUGGAAGGAAAUUUACAUCACCCUUUCGUAUUGAUUUAGAAUAUGAAGGAAAAAUGAAAAAGAAAAACAUUAAUAAGUAAGAGAAAAAGAUUAGAUUUUUCAUUUCAUAUCAGGAUUUUUGUGUGUGGUUUUGAGAAUCCAUGGCUUCACCACCAACAAGAGCUCGGGCUGAUUAUGAUUACCUCAUUAAGCUUCUUUUGAUUGGUGAUAGUGGUGUGGGGAAGAGUUGUCUGCUUUUACGUUUUUCUGAUGGUUCCUUUACCACUAGUUUCAUAACAACUAUUGGCAUUGAUUUUAAGAUAAGAACCAUUGAGCUUGAUGGUAAGAGGAUCAAAUUACAAAUUUGGGAUACAGCUGGUCAAGAGCGAUUUCGAACUAUUACAACAGCUUACUAUCGUGGAGCCAUGGGGAUUUUGCUGGUUUAUGAUGUUACUGACGAGUCAUCUUUCAACAAUAUUAGGAACUGGAUUCGCAAUAUUGAACAACAUGCUUCGGACAAUGUCAACAAGGUACUGGUUGGAAACAAGGCUGACAUGGAUGAGAGCAAAAGGGCUGUGCCGACCUCCAAGGGUCAAGCACUUGCUGACGAGUAUGGUAUUAAGUUCUUUGAAACUAGUGCAAAAACAAAUUUGAAUGUGGAGGAGGUUUUCUUUUCAAUAGCCUGUGACAUUAAGCAAAGGCUUGCAGAAUCUGAUAAUAGGGCUGAGCCCAUGACGCUUAGAAUUAAUCAGCAAGACCCUGCAGCAAGUAACGGUCAAGCUGCUCAAAAGUCGAGUUGCUGUGGAUCUUAAGGGGAAUUAAAAAAGGUCUGCUGAUUCAGGAUGGAGAGUUCGGCUUUUGGCAGUCAUUCAAAUGUAAAACUAAUUGUGAAGACAUUAUGGUGGUUUCCUGUAUUCAUCUCCGUUAUUUUUUCCAACUACCAGGCUAAGCUUUUUCAAGGCAUGCAGUUCCCUUUUUUCUUUUUUUUUUUUUUCCACAUAAUUUGUGGAAUUUAUAAGCAUGUGUCUUUAAUCUUCUUGAACUCAAGUGACCCUUUUUAUGUAUUUGUCUUGAUGUAGAUAGAUAAUCUAAAUUCAAGCUUGUUCUCCAUUAAAAGAAAAAAAAAAGGCCCAGGAGUUCUUAAUUAACUUUUGU